AUGGCACCCAUACUCAUCGUCAAAGAUCUCCUCUCACGCCGCGCGAUUUCAAAAGCUCUGCAUAUCUUUCUGGGCAUCUUCAUUACACUUGUAAUUCUCGGUAUCCUAGGCGUGAUUGUCUACCUUUUCUGCGUCCACUAUCUGCCAACAAUCUUUCUCAACUUUGCUGCUAGAAAGGCUAAGAAAGAGGUACAAAAACAGGUGAAGAAACAGGUGUCAAAGCAGGUACAGAAGCAUGCACAGAAACGGGCAGAAAAACACCAGCGGGAGGCUGACGGUGCUGCUGGUGCUGGUGUUUAG